UUUUGCAGCACCCAUAUCUUGACAAAUAUAUUCACUUCUUAGACUGUCAAUCUGGUCAUACAUGGUAUGAUGUAGGACAUUCCAACACUCAUUUCGUUAAUUUACUCCUUUUUAUGGACCUCAUUCCCGAUAUCAACGACUUUUAUAAACUGGCACCCAAGUUAUAUUCAUUAGCUCAUGAUUCGAGUCAAUCUCUGGUUAUACGUCAUGCUGCAAAUGAGGUAUUGAGUGAAUGGGGGUCAUAUGUUGUUUCAAGUCGAGAAUAUAACCAAGGUCUACAAGUUCAUCAUCCUGAUAUCCAUGUAGUUUCCAAAGAUUCAAUGAGAAAUUACGUGUUUAGUUCUUUAUUGCAUAUCGGAGUACCAUUGGAGAAAUAUAUCGCUGAUGCUGGUAUUGCAAAUCUUCCUGAGAAACUAGGCGAUUGUUUUGAUUUAAUGAGUUUACAUUAUGCAGACGGUAUUCAUUAUAUGUUGGCACAUUUGCAGAAGCAAGAUUUUAUAACUAUGUUUUCUGAUGCCACUAUACUUGAUAAAUACUUAAAAUUGAGAUUAGACAAUGCUUCUGAGCUCGAAACCCUGUCAUUUAAGGUUGCGCAAGAUGAUCCAUAUUUGCAACACUACACAGCGAACUAAGACAGUAAAGUUGCUGGUCAACUACUUACAUAAUAAUUAAUUAUAGUCAGGUGUUUUGAUAGAUAUUUGUGU